AUGGGGAACUUUUUCAGUUCUAUGUUCGAUCGUCUAUGGGGGGUGAAUAAGGAGCUUCGAAUUCUGAUCCUGGGGCUUGACGGUGCGGGCAAAACCACAAUUUUAUAUCGGCUUCAAAUAGGUGAAGUUGUGACCACGAAGCCAACCAUUGGGUUCAACGUUGAAACUUUGGCGUAUAAGAAUCUGAAACUGAACGUGUGGGAUUUGGGUGGUCAGACGAGUAUUAGACCCUAUUGGAGAUGCUAUUAUUCAAACACGGCAGCAGUGAUUUUCGUCGUGGACUCUACAGAUCAAGACCGUAUGGCAACUGCCUCGAAAGAGCUCCAUAUGAUGUUGCAAGAGGAAGAAUUGCAGGACGCAGCAUUACUGGUUUUCGCUAACAAACAGGAUCAACCGGGCGCGCUGAGCGCGUCCGAAGUGUCGAAACAGCUGAAUCUGGUAGAGUUGAAGGACCGAAGCUGGAGCAUUGUUGCGUCCAGCGCAAUCAAGGGUGAAGGUAUUACGGAGGGACUCGACUGGUUGAUCGACGUGAUAAAAGAGGAACAACUGUGA